CACGUUAGCUGCUCACCGGUCGGGGUUGCCCUCACGGAAGGGUUGAUAUAAAGAUAAACCGAUGACUGUUGAAAUAAUACUGAAUAUAUCUUGUCAUCGAAGCAAAGGAUUGCAUAUGAGCAAGAUGUGCGUUUAUUUCAACCAGGAAUCAAUGAAUCAACUUCAGAGGGAGCUUGGAUUUAUUUCCACAUGCCAUUCUAUAGAAACUAUGCCCCAAUAUUGCCCUAUGACUUGGACCUGUCGCGAGACAGAUUGCAAUCAAACAAAUUUGGCGGACAAAUCAGUAUGCCAAAACCCGAAAUGUCAACAUAAAAAAUGCGCAAAAUGCACGGCGAAAGAGACUUCGAUAGAGGUUCAACUUCUAUUAAUACACAAUUGUUAUGCUAUAAGAUCCUCACUAACUGAAUCUUGGUUCUGUUGUGUCUGUUAUCAGGCUAACCCUGUAUUAUAUAACGAUCGAGAUGUCUGUCCAAAUUGUUCACACGUCAGGUGUAGCCUCUGCAGUUUGGUCAUAAAUGAACUUCAUUUGCAUCAACAAUCAACGGAAUCUUAUCAAUGGGCACUAUUGUUCUCCCUAUAAUCACGUCUUGAUAAUAAAGGUUGAUGUUAUAAGGCAAGAGGCUUCUCGUGAGGCUGAGGAGGGGACAAAGGUUUUGUCAAAUUCAUGCGUAGUACGUCGUGUGGCCGUUAUGUACAAUUUCUUAAAGCAUCCGUAUUUAAGGAAUUUAUUCAGCUUUACAUAGAUUGUUGUA